AUGUAUAUCUGCUUGCUGUUUAGGAAUAUUCUUACAUUAUUGUCCACAUCAUUGAAUUGGCAUUUGUUUAAAUGUCCUCAGGGUGCACCACUUUGCACGCACUAUACUCAGAAUGGAGUAUGCAAAUUUGGGCCCUCAUGCAAAUUUGAUCAUCCAAUGCCAACACUGAGUUAUAGCCCCUCUGCAUCUUCUCUUGCUGACAUGCCAAUUGCUCCUUUUCCUGUGGGAUCUUCAACUGGUACUCUGGCCCUGUCAUCCUCAUCAUCAGAUUUGAGGCCUGAACUUAUUUCGGGUCGUCCAACAAGGAUGCCUUUUCAACAAAAAUGUCUUCUUCUACGAGCACUUCUAGUGGUUUGGUUUCCUCGAAAAGUGGGCCCACCUCUCAUCUUCAGCAGUCUGGUCAGGCUUCUUCCUUCUCUUCUUGAAGCUUAG